CUGCAAUUUCCGUUUGAUUCAAAUUUGAUAAAAAGAAAGAUUUCAUCAUUCCAAUCGCUUUUUAUUUCCUAAUUCUUAGACUAAAACUUUCAAGAAAAAAUCUCGAGAUUUUUGAAUUAGAACAUCUCUGAGUUGAUGUUAUCAGUUUCGUGUAUUUAUUUAUCAGCUAAUCAAAUGCAACAAAGAGAGAAAAAGAUUCAUUCGACAACUUCACACAAUAAUAAACUUCAUAAGUACUGGUGAUACGCGCUAUCAUUGGCAAUAAGUCUCUCUCGUCAUCUGAUCAGGGCUGUAAGAGUUGAACGUGUUCAUGACAUUCUCUCGCCAACUACACCAAUAAGCUUCAGUUGAUGUCUCGACCAUAAGAGAGAAACAGAAAACAAACUUCAAACCUCUUAUUUUCCUUUUAAAACGCUCGACAUUCACAAGUUUCAGUUCAUGUUUAGUGCUUGAAAUCGUCGGACGUGUUCUAUUAUAGCUCGCUUAGAACGGAGAAUAAAUGUUAUUAUUUGCUUUUUCGAUUUUGGUGUUUUGAAAUUUAUUUAAAUAUCUUUUUUAAUUGCUUGAAAGUGUUCAUUCGUAAUAAAUAAAUUUAUUGUUAAAUAUUUAAUUGAUCAGAAUUUUCCGAUUUAACCUCCACGCUUCAAAAAAAGAAACAAUUUAGCAAAGGGAAAGCCUCAGAAAUACUUCAACAUAACUCACUAAUUGUGUGUUUAUUCUCUAUUAGAGUCUGUUUAAUUUUUUUUCUCUUCCUCAAAAACAACUGAAUAAGUCCAAUUCUCGAGCCAGCUAUGACGAGUUAUGACGUGAAUGCUGGUCAACCAACAAAGAAAUGGCCACAAUACGUUGCCGCAUUAGCAGCAACUGGAGGCGCUCUUGCUGCUGGCGCUUCACUUGGAUGGACAUCACCAGCUAAUCCUAAGCUUGUAAAUGGCACAGAGAUGGAAUAUGACUUCCCAGUCACUGAAGAUCAAGCUUCGUGGAUCGGUUCAUCGCUUAAUUUAGGAGCAGCAGCUGUGUGCAUACCCAUUGGGCUUCUCAUCAAUCUCAUUGGUCGCAAAUGGGCUAUGCUUGGUUUAGUCAUUCCAUUCACUAUCGGAUGGGCUCUCUUAGUUUGGGCUCAAAAUCUUGCCAUGAUGAUCGUCGCUCGUGUCUUUAUCGGUAUUGCUGGUGGUGCAUUUUGUGUCGCAGCGCCUCUUUACAUCGGUGAAAUAGCACAGAAAGAAAUUCGAGGACAACUUGGAUCAUUCUUUCAACUUAAUGUUACGAUUGGUAUUUUGUUUGUUUAUGCGGUCGGUGCUGGUGUGAGCGUCUUCUGGCUGAGCAUCAUUUGUGGAAUUAUUCCACUGGUUUUCGGUCUGAUCUUCUUCUUUAUGCCUGAAUCUCCAACAUAUCUUGUCAGGCGUGAGAAGAAUCAAGAAGCAUCGAAAGCUUUUAAAUGGCUUCGUGGUGAUCAAUACGACCCUGCUGAAGACAUUGCUGAACUUCAAAAUGAAAACGAAGAACAAAAAGCGAACAAUUUAUCAAUCGCUGAAGCCUUGGGCAGGAAAACUUCAGUGAGAGGUCUUGUCAUAAGCUUCGGUUUGAUGUUCUUCCAACAAAUGUCUGGAAUCAAUGCUGUGAUCUUUUACACGACGGAUAUUUUCGCAGCAGCUGGGACUGACAUCAAUCCAGAGAUUGCGACCAUCAUUGUUGGUGUGAUGCAAGUUGUAGCAACGUUUGUCUCAACACUUGUCGUUGAUCGUCUUGGGCGUCGCAUUUUGUUGCUGAUGUCGGAUGCUGUGAUGGCCUUAUGCACAUUGUUCCUUGGAAUUUACUUCUUCAUGAAGCAGAACGAUGAGAACAGCGUUGGUAACUUGGGAUGGCUGCCGAUUGUUGCACUUUGUGUCUUCAUCGUGAUGUUCUCGUUAGGAUUUGGACCUGUUCCAUGGCUGAUGAUGGGAGAAUUGUUUGCAUCAGACGUUAAAGGAAUUGCCGCUCCAUUAUCGGGAACACUUAAUUGGCUUUUGGCUUUCGUUAUCACAAAAACAUUUGUGAAUUUGAAAGCUUUGUUGGGUGAUGGCCAGACGUUCUGGCUGUUUUCGGGACUCUCAAUACUUGGAACUGUCUUCGUGUUCUUCAUUGUGCCUGAAACGAAAGGCAAAUCAUUGAAUGAGAUUCAGAAAAUGUUGGCUGGAGAGAAAUCAACUGCGGAAGUUGAGGAGGAUAAAAAUUAAAUCGUCGAUUAACAAUCAUCCUAGUCAUCCCAAAUUGCAUCCCAUAAACUGAUUUUCUUUCUCUUUUCAUUCAUUUCAACGUGUGAAUUUAUCAAGGAAAACAACAAAAAGCCAAAAACAUUUCAAUCGCAUAUCUUCUUACUUCACUUCUAAGAAAAAAACAUAAAAAAAUUGUUUGAUGUUCAAAAAUAAAAGAAAAAUGCCAACAAAAGCUAAACUUGAUCAAUCUUCAUGCUCGAUUAAUUUAACGACUGCACUUUAAUCGUUUGUUGACAUUUCUCAACUUCUUGGGACAUCAAAUAAAUCUUUUGUCAUCUUAUUGAUAUUCUUUUUGUAAAAAAAUAUUAAAUUUUUUAUUGCGCAAGAAAAUAUUCUGUUUGAGAGAAAAUAUAUUCCGUUUAAAUAUAAAUUAA